CUAGUCAGAGGGCUGAUCCCAAUCAAGGAGCAUGAGAGAUUGUGGAGGAGGAGCAUGGAGAGGAGGUGGCAAGGCAGACGAUCCUGUGAUUCCCCUCUUCCUCCUGGUUCCUCUGCACAGGGUGUGGGCAGAGGAGCAGAACAGGAACAACUGGGAGAGGACGCAGCAGCUGCUGGGAGCUGGGACGGCUUAAGAAGAACGUGUCCAAACGACUUCAGUAAAAAUGCUUUUUUACAUAGUACUCUUCCUUGGCAUCAUCUCUCUGUGGUGGCAUUGGAGGGCAAGAGACAGGAUGAAGGUUACAAAUCUCACUGGCAAAUAUAUAUUCAUCACUGGAUGUGACACAGGAUUUGGGAAUAUGGCAGCAAAGACUUUUGAUAAAAAGGGAUUCCGUGUUUUUGCCAGCUGCCUAACUGAAACAGGUGCCAAGGAGCUGAAAGCUGUGACCUCUAACCAGCUUCAGACAGUGCUGCUGGACGUGAGAGAUUCAGACAGUGUUAAGAAAGUGGCUGCAUGGAUCAAAGCUGAAGUUCAGUCAGAAGGUCUCUGGGGACUUAUUAAUAAUGCUGGAAUUAUAGGGCCAUCCGCUCCUACAGACUGGUUGGAUAUUGAGCACUUUAGAGAACCAAUUGAAGUUAAUUUAAUUGGACUCAUAAAUGUUACAAUAAAUAUGCUUCCCUUGAUAAAACAAGCAAAGGGAAGGAUAGUAAACGUAUCCAGUGUCGGAGGUCGCCUAGCCUUCAGUAGUGGAGGUUAUUGCCCUUCAAAGUUUGGGGUAGAAGGAUUUAAUGACAGCUUAAGGAGAGAUAUGAAAGCUUUUGGAGUUAAUGUUUCUUGCAUUCAGCCUGGACUGUUCAAAACACCAUUAUCCAGUCCAGUAAAGAUUCUGAAAGAGAAGGAGAUUAUUUGGAAUCAGCUUCCUCCCAGCACUAAAAAGCAAUAUGGAGAGGAGUAUUUUCAGAAAGAUGCAGCAAAGAAAGAAAAACUGACCAAGAUCUGUCUUAACAAGGACAUUUCCCUGGUUGUUGAGUGCAUGGAGCAUGCCCUAACAAGCCUCUAUCCACGCACCCAUUACAUCAUUGGGCAGGAUGCGAAGUGGUUUUGGACUCCCCUUUCAAGAAUGCCAGCAGCUGUACAAGACUUCUUACUCCUGAGAAACAGAGCAAAGCCUGCAGCUUCCCAUGCAAACUAAAUCUUUGCCAAUAUAUUCUUCAUUGCAGACAAGGCCGAUUCCGUAAGAUUUGUCCUUUACAUCAACAUGAUACAAACCAUACCUGAAACACACCCUCAUGCCCUAUAAAUGUAAGAAAUACAUCUAUUUCUUCAGUAUCUGCUCCUAUUAAAAAAUAAACUACUUUUUUAUUACUUUAUUUCAUUUCUAAAGUGUAAACCAGAGAGAACAAAGGAACUAAUAAACUUACAGAAAUGGC